UUAAGAUACCCUUGUUUUCCGUCAUUGUUGUCCAUGUGAAUUUCAUUCGUGUUGAGCUCCUGCACUUCAUGUGACGCGCGGAGAAAUUCAUUCCGGCCAUGUUGGCUGACGGUUAGUCAGUCUGACGUAGCGCCGCGGUCUCGCACGGACUCUGCGCAGAGUACCACGUGCCGAGCGGAAUCGUGGCAUGAUGUGUAAGCCGUACAAAGCAGCAGUCGCGGCGGCGCCUCGACCAGCCCUUGCGGCGAUACGGAGCUGGGACGUGAGAGAGCGAGCCCGACGCCAGGGACUUCAUGCAUUCGUGGAGAUAGGGCUCGUGAGUCAUGCGCACAUACGUUUUCCAUUGGCGGCAAGCGGAGCAGACUGCAUUGCCUCGAGGCCAAGGCACUGGGAUGCUUGCCUCCAGAACCAGAGACGAAGGCGGUGGGAGACCCCACCUGCGAAAGAUCAAUCAAAAGAUCGGCGGUCUCUUGCCGGAAGGUAUGCAUCGUGCUAGACUGUAUGCUUCAUUCGAACGGUAUCGUAUCGAAGCUGCAGCCGGCAGAGCAUUCGUCGUAGCAGGACAAUGCAGCAGCGCGGGUACUGGCGUCAAUGUACAGUGGGAUGCCAUGUGAAGAGACCCAUAUCCACACUUGCAAUCAGCUAGCCAACAAAGCAAACUACAUGUACACGAAUAUUCAGGUGAACAAGGUUUCGUAACUGCGCAGCUUACGGCUCUCGUGUUCGUGCACAAAGUGCUCUUCGUCACCAGCAGCUUUGUCCAACUUGCAGAGUCGCUGUCCAAUUGCCUGCUCGAUUAAAAAACCGGAUUAAAACGCAAAAACAGUACAACAUACUUUAAAAGCUCACUUGAAACCCAUGAUAAAGAACAAUAAUUUUUCAUAGUUAACAAA